CUCAUCUUUAAGACACUUACUUACUCGGAGGCAUUAAAUAGACUAUACCUUAGGUAGUCAUAUCAGCGUAGUGUAUCAUUUUCAUUCAAAAAGCAAACAUGAGUAAAGCGAAGUACAGCGUGCUAUGUAAUCGAGGCUACAUACACAGCCACCAGGUAGAUAGCUUCGGGGAACGACACCGGGCCACCCCGUAGGAAGCGGGGAAAUAUUCCGAACCAACGGACCCAUCUGCAACCCGAACCGGCUAUUCUGACAUAGCUGCCUAUACACCUACCUAGAUUGCUUAGGGUAACCAAGUAAAGAACUUGCCAAUAUCUCCCACUCGGUAUUCACAGCAGCACUACCGGGCAUCAUGUCUUCCGGCAAGCCAAUUUCGAUCUCCAUCCAACCCCUCAACUACACCGAUAUCCCCGCCUGCGCCCGUAUUACUUCAUCAGCCUUCUCCGUCGAUCCCCACACUAUCGUAAAGCAAUUAGGUCGGAAGCCUUUCGAUAUGUACGACAUCUCCCGUUCCGGAUUUCUAGAUACUCUCCACAGGAAAACAUACAUCUACGUCAAGGCCGUAGAUAACGAAACAGGCGAAAUCGUUGGGCAUGCCGGGUGGGCAUUUAGGGGCUUAGAUCCGGCGCUGGUUCCGUGGAAUGGACCCGGAGACGCGAAGCCGGAAGGGGAAGGGGGAGGGGAAGAGCAGCGGCAAACGAGAAAUGACGAAUUGGAAAAUGAGGAUGAGAAUGAGGAUGCGGAAGGGAAGAAAGUGAACUCUAUCGAUCGUCUCCACGCCCUCGAAGACGCCGAUAUGCAAUUCUGGCUAUCUGACCUGGUCCCCUCGGACACACCUUGCAUCUUCGUUAUUGGUCUCACCGUGUCACCUUCACACCAAUCCCGAGGUGUGGGUACUGCCCUGAUGCGAUACGGGAAUACUAUCGCCGACGACCUGGGCCUCUCCAUUUGGGUACACUCAUCGCAUCAGGCGUACGAAGCGUAUAAGAAAUUGGGGUUCGAGACUACGAGAGAGUUAGAUAUAGACUUGGACGAGUACGCACCGAGGGGACCGACAGAGGGAGAAGAAGUAAUGGGAGAGAAGGGGAGCGGGAAGUGGGGGAGGUACGUUAUUAGGUACAUGAGGAGGACACCAAAGAAAUCUACCUUAGGUACUGUACCUACAUAGGUGAGGUGAAGCUACGAAGUAUUAAACCUCAUUUCAAAUUAGACUGUGGUAUGUACCUACUACACU